AGCGUCCAAGACUCGGCUUAUGAAGCCGCUCGAGUUAUUAUCGUACAGAAACCGCGGAUUUGGGCAGCGUUGAGUUUGACGCCUUUGGAGUAUAAAACCUAUAACCAGUGAGAGUUACUGUAGAUCCGGAGAGCUGCUGCUGUAAGUGUGUGUGAAGUUGUGAAGGAGAGGAAACUCGGAUCUGCUUGAUGUUUUGUUGAAGGAUUUGUGUAACUUUAAUGUGAUGAUGUGAUUUAAAGUGUAAACACAGUGUCUGAGACAUGAAGAGAGGUAAAUCUACACACACUGACGCACCAUGACCAACUUUUCCUACAUCUGCACCGUGUGGAUCAGCGUCUGUGUGUACCUCCUCUCUGCAGAACCUGAGAUCAGUGUAUCUGGCCCAGUGGGUUCUACAGCUGUCCUGCCGUGUCAACUGACGAGUGUAGACACUGACAUACCGUAUAUUAAGUGGAACACUGAGUCUGAGACUGUGUUUGAGCGAGAGGGUGUGGACUCGUAUCAGGGUGAUGGAUAUGAGGGUCGUGUGGACGUUCCUGUGGAGGAGCUGCGUAAGGGGAACUGUUCACUGGUGUUCCACAAUCUGACAUUUACUGAUACAGGAGUCUACACCAGCUACCAGACAGUGAGACACACCAAGAGAUCUGUCCGUGUUAGGAGAGGAACAGUCCUGAUCAACAGUGUUAAACUCUCAGUCUAUGGUGAGUGAGUUAGUGUCAGUAGAACACACACUGACUGUUAAAGCUGAAAUAUAUAUAUUUUUUACAGUUCAUUUACAUGUAAAAAAAUUGUAAUUAAACUAUUGUAUUAGAACAUUCAGGUAAAAUUACUCUUAAAUAUCAUCUACUAUAAGGUUUAAGUGUAAGUUACAUAAGGCUAAUAUGCAGCAUGCUAAGAUAAGAUAUAAGGGAUGGACAGAAGGGGAACAUAGGAGUGUUGUGGAGAGUUUAGUGAACUGGUUCAGGUCUAAUCAUCUCCAGGUGAACACCUCUAAGACCAAGGAGAUGAUGAUAGACCUUCAUCGGACCAGGUCCUCACUACUACUGGUCACCACUGAGGGAGUUAACGUUACGGUGGGGAGGACAUGCUGUAUGAAUGCGUAGGCCUACUGCUGGAGGACACACUGGACUGGUCAGCAAAUACAGAACAUUUAUACAAAGACUCAAAGUCAGAUGUUCUUUAUUUUAGUGUCUGAUUAAAUGUUCUACAGAUCAGUGGUGGCCAGUAUCCUGGUGGCUCAAAUGGUUAAGGCUCUGGGUUAAGUUGACACUGUUGAGCCCUUGAGCACGACCCUUAACUUCAUCCGCUCCAGGGGGCGCUGUAUCCUGACUGACCCUACGCUCUGACCCCAGCUUUCUAACUGAGAUAUGCGCAAAAUAAUUUCACUCUAAGGUGCAUGUGACAAA